AUGGCCGACAAGUUCGUCACCGCCUAUGCCAGGGCUAAGAAAGCAGAGGAGAGGGUGAACGCCAUAUUCGCCAUUAAACAGUCACCUGUUGAAGGACUCAGGGAUUUCCUUUCCCGAUUUAACUGUGUGAAAAUGACUCUCCCAAAUGUAUUGGAGGGGAUAGCGGUAGCCGUUUUCCAAAAUGGGCUAAGCAGGAAUGGUUCGAGGGCGACCAGAAAAUCUAAGUUGACUCAUGAAAUACCCCCAAUCUCUUGGGAUGAGAUACACAACGCCUACUGUGCCGAGGUAAGAGCAGACGAGGACGGCCUCAACGGACCUACCCAAUGGUUGACCUCAGUCCAAAUGGAGUCGAGGAAAGACCGCAUAAACGAUAAUAGAAGAGAUCACGCAGGCCCGCCGCCCAACCGGGAAAGAAAUAAUCUAUACCCUGGAGAAGCUCGGCCCAAAAGUGAAGUGGCCGCAAAAGAUGAAGUCCGACCCAAACGCCAGAAAGUCAAAUGCCCUCUGCGAAUUCCACCAGGAACGAGGUCACAAGACCGAGGACUGCAUCACUUUAAGGCAAGAGGUCGUGAACAUACUCCACAAAGGGCAUUUGAAAGAUUUGAUGAGCGACCAAGGAAGGGCAAACUUUGCUCGAAGACGCGAACAACAUCAGGGUCCGCCGAAGCCACUCUCCCCAGCCGCAGCAUCCAAAUGAUCAUCGAAGGAGGCGACGAUGCAUCGUUCAUCAACGUGAAGUUCACAACCACCCAUAAGCUGAAACGAUCAAUCACCCAUGAAUGGUAUGACGACCUCGAAGAAAGUAUCAUCUUCGACGAGUCAGAUACCCACAGUUUGACCUUUCCUCAUUACGACGCUCUUGUUAUUACUUUACGCAUUUCAGAUACCGGUAUAAAACGCAUUAUGGUCGAUGACGGAAGCGGCGCGUGCAUUAUCCACCCUCGAGUUGUCGCACAAAUAAGGCUCGAAGAUAGGAUAGUGCCACGCUGCAUCACACUAACGGGUUUUAACAAUGCAUUUGAGCGGACGUCCGGAGAAAUCACGCUACUCGUUCUGGCCGGUGGUAUCACUUUGGAAACUACGUUCCACAUUAUGGAUCAAGACACGGUGUACAACGCCAUCAUAGGACGGCCUUGGAUACACCUCAUGAGAGCCAUCCCCUCUAGCUUAUAUCAGGUCGUCAAGUUUCUCACCCCGUGGGGAGUAUUCAACAUCUGUGGUGGUGACGAAGGAAAAGAUGUCAUCAAGGAUCCCAAAGUCGUAGACGCAACGGGGUCAACUGUGGAGGACCUCGACCUCGUGCAACUCGAUCAAAAUGACCACAGCAAAAAGGCCUAUAUUGGCCACAAACUCCAAGAACCAAGUAAAUUUCAUCAAUUCUUAGCUAACAAUGCAGACUUGUUUGCUUUUUCUCAUGCAGAGAUGUCGGACAUCCCAAAUGAGAUAGCAACACACAAGUUGAAUGCCAACCCAUUCUACCCCCCAUUGUGGCAAGUUAGAAGAAAAUUCAAUGCCGCGAUAAAUGAUGUUGUCCGCGAGGAGGUGGAAAAAUUGCUCGAAAAUGGCUCUAUCAUAAAGUCAAAAUAUCCCCAAUGGGUCGCCAAUGUGGUCAUGGUAAAAAAGAAAAACGGGAAAUAA